AUGGCUGCUCCGAUCAUGUUCGGCUUCAACAUCGUCGCUGUAUUCGAUAUUCACACAAUUCAUUGUUUGCGAGACGGGGCUGACGUCAUAAUCAAGCAUCUCAUCGCUGCUCAAAAAACAGCAGUGCGAAAUAUUUUAGCGAAUGCACUGAGUCGAAUUACCUACUUUCGAGUUGCGUUGGUUGGCGAAACUGGCUCGGAGAAGAAUAAUGUGCGACGCGCCUAUGUGCAGCUCAUCUCAAAUCAGCAGAAUCAAGCUAAAGCCGAUAAUGCCCCGGUUUGUGAAUUCGUUUCCCGGAAAAAGUGA